UAGACUGGCUGGUCGCUCUCGCACCCGGCGUAAUCACUGCCAGUAAACAAGCUGACGCCACAUUGCCCGUAUGUUAUCAACGGUCCCAUCUGAAUGGUUCCCCGCGGGGCAAAACGUCUAUCGCAACUGACUUGUAACACUUGAACUUAAAUAGUUCAAUACCGCAUAGACUGGUCUGGUGUGGGUAAUAUUGUAAAUAUCAGGGAGUGCAUGUGUUGUAGAAAGGCGGAGACGGUGUCAUGUCGGUGGUUAGAUUCCACGUUUAAACAAGGCAUUUUGAGGUUAUCCCACUGAGGAAUUUCGAUCUGAGCGGCGAGUAUGCCGGGCUCCAAGAAAGUUUCCCACGCAGACCCGAAGGGCGCGAAGUGGAAGAGUGCCUCUCCAAGUGACACUCCCAGGAAAACAGCGACUGAAAAGAAGACUGACACUCCGAGGAAGACCGAGGGUGGGAAGAAGAGCCCCAAAGAUGAGCCGGAAGACAAAUCGGCGAGGCCAGAAGCUGCGCAGAAAGGCGGGAGAGGUCACACGAGCGUCAGGGAUGCAGAUGGGGAGAAGCCACCAAGACACGUGGUGGAGAGAAACACAACCAAGUUGUUCGAGGCCGUAAAGCGCGCACAGACGCAUAAUAUGGAGGAGUUUAUCAGACUUGGUGGCAAUGUAAACGGGAGAGAUGAGGAAGGAAAGACUCCUUUAAUUUGGGCGGCCGAACUCCGAAACAAUACGGUGCAGACGUUGCUUUGUCAUAAAAACGUUGACGUCAAUGCGUCGGACAAGCUGAAGAGAACUGCGUUGCAUUUUGAAUCCGCCCAUGGUGACAUGGACAGUGUGAAGCAACUACUGGCACACGGAGCAAGAAUAGACACUAGAGAUUCGGCUGGGAGAACCCCCUUGCAUUUUGCUGUCAACGGAAACCAUUUUGCAACAGCUGAUAUUCUGGUAUUUUGCGGAGCGGACGGUGCACUAAAGGACAAGGACCGUGUGUCGCCGGAGUCCAUCAGCAGGACACCACAGAUGGCUUCACUCAUGAAAAGGUCAAGGGAGAUAACUGCAGCCAUAAAGCAUGAGUACAUCACCGUUCAACGCACAACAUUGAUAGAUAACAGUCGCACGGACCUUGAUAGCAUUGGUCUAGCAGUGCAAACGCCUAAGUUGUUUUCCAAGUCACCAGUCUGCUUUCUUUGUAGACGAGUUAGGCCAGAGUACAGCCUUAGAUUUCUGGGGCCCAUUAAGUCAGAACUUCUCAUCAGCGACACUUUCGAAUUCCGGAUAUCCGGGUCACAGUUCAAGGGCAAGGUCAAAGUGUACAUCCCAAUGUAUGACAAACCGGAGCCGUACGAAGAAGUGCACAUCAAAACAAACAUGAAACAUACCCUGAGGGAAGACAGUGAAGAGCUUACUGACUACGAGCGUCUCAAGAACUCGAACCAGUGGAUUUGCAGUGUGGACAUCGACCUGAAGGAAAUCAACGCCUUUUUGCUGGUGACCCGACCAAGAGUGGAAUACUUCAACGUGGGAUCCCGAGGAGGACAGUUUGUUUCCGAAGUCGACGAUUUCAUCAAAUUUGAUAUUCCUUCAAAAUCUUUCUCAGACAAAGGAAGUUUAUCACUGGAGCUUAUCCCACGACCUGCCUAUGACAACGAGGACCUGGGAUUGGAGACAAUUGAGGUCGCAUCCGUGUCCAACUUCUACGACGUUAAUCACACACGCAAGGAACAGCCUCAGAAUGACGUCACAGUCACGUUACCUCUUCCACGUGACUACAUGGGAGACGGCGGGGACCUUUAUGUGCUGAACAGACGAGACAAAGAGGAAGAUGAAUCAGAGCUGUCACUGUGGGAAAUUGUCUGUGUUAAUCCUAAAGUGACGCAGGGAAAGGUCAUGUUCAAGGCAACACAUUUUUGUAGCUAUGGAAUGGUGUCCACAAAACAACCGAGAUCUGACCCAGUUGUAAGCCAUCAUCCUAAAGAAUCACCAGUCGUAAGAGAUGGUCCUAACGAAGUUAUUGAUACAAGCACCAGACCGCAAAGCAAACUAGAAGAUGAGUCUCCCAGCACGAGUGGGAGGGAUGAAAACCAAUUGGACAUCCCUGAUACACAGACUGAGACUGGGACACCUAAUGAAGGUGCCACACAUGAUCCACCAAAUGAAAGCCAACAGGGAAAAUCAUCAGCUGAGGGAGACAAUUCAAAGGGAACUGGUUCCUCGAUUGUGGAAGAGGAAAGAAACGAAUGUUUGGAUGAUGCAGCAAAAGAUGAAGGUGAAGAAAAGAAAGGUGAUGAAUCAGACACAGAAAACCCAGCUGACCGGAACAACAUGGAGGAAGCUUUUGUGGAUACUGCUAUUCCGAAGGAGGCAUCGAGCACCGAAGAGCCAGAGAAGACAAAGACUGAUACUAACGAGCAAGAACAAGACGUAGGUGAUAACACUAGGCAAAUGUCCGACUUAGAUACAAAUAGCAAGAAUCAGGAAAAUGAUACAGAUAUGAAAGAACCUUCAAGAAGAUCCGAAGAUGUAGGAACGAUAGGAGCAAAAGAAAAUGAUACUGAUACCACAAGCAUAAAGUCAGUGGCCAGUCCAGAGAAGCAGGAAAAUGAUACAGAUAUGAAAGCAGCUUCAAGAAGAUCCGAAGAUGUAGGAACGAUAGGAGCAAAAGAAAAUGAUACUGAUACCACAAGCAUGAAGUCAGUGGCCGGUCUAGAGAAGCAGGAAAAUGAUACAGAUAUGAAAGAACCCUCAAGAAGAUCUGAAGAUGUAGGAACGAUAGGAGCUAAAGAAAAUGAUACUGAUACCUCAAGCAUAAAGUCAGUGGCCAGUCUAGAGAAGCAGGAAAAUGAUACAGAUAUGAAAGAACCUUCAAGAAGAUCUGAAGAUGUAGGAACGAUAGGAGCAAAAGAAAAUGAUACUGAUACCACAAGCAUGAAGUCAGUGGCCAGUCUAGAGAAGCAGAAAGAAACAGAUGGUACUGAGGGACAGGUGCGACCUAAAGCUGCUUCAGACGAGGAAGAGAAACCACCUGCGGAAACACCCCAUUCUGGAAAGUCUGUUGGGAGUGAGGAAGUACCAAAGGAUACCGACAGUUACCAUUUAAUGUCAGGAACUCGUUCCCCUCUACAUGGGAGUACAACAUCUGUAGUCAAACCAAGAUCAGGUUUGGAGGAGAUGCAAGUAGGAAAACCAGAAUUUCCUGGUGGAAACAAGCAUGUUGAUUCUCGUAUGGGCAGCUUGAGUAGUCUUGGAUCUGGAAAAGAGAAAGAAUCGUCAAACAAAGCCAUAACUUCCAAUAACCACGUCACUAAGUCAUCAUUAAAGGGCAGCCAGAUUUCCAUAGCUAAGAGUGACAAAUCUGUUGACAGUGUGAAGUCGAAACUAUCCAUACAUUCACAGAAAAUACCCAGAAAACAAGAAGCUAUGAUAUCUCCUAGAAGCAGUCAAGGUCGUUUUUCCCAAACCCCAUCUGGACGCAGUUCUGUAGAGGGCAGCAGCACUAAAGGUAAAGCAAGACAAAAGCAGCUUAAACAGACAAGGAAACAGGAGACAGAGGUUAAGAAGGCAGCAGCAGUAUUAUAUGAUAAAGCCAAGAAAAGGAAAUGUAAAGUCUCCUUUGUGGUCAUGCUCAGAGCUAAUGAAAUUGACAGUUAUGAAACUCUAGUUGAAUGUACAAUGAAAGAUGCAGAUAAGCGUGUCACAUUCUGGAAAACAGAAGGGUUUGAUGACCAGAAGCCCAGUUACCCAACACAGGGAAGAAAUGAGCAUGAUAUAAUCCCCAAAACUGGGUUCAAGUUUUCUAUCUCAGGAGCAGCAGAAUGUUUAACAGGACCAUUAUUGGAAUUUCACCCAAAAAGAAAAGAUGACAAUGUUCAGAUAUUUCCACUACACAGACUUACGUCUGACAGCAGCGAAGCCUUCGUGGAUAUUACGAAGAAGCGGGAUCAACGUAUUGAUAAUGCCAAAGAUGAGAAGUUCGGACAAGUUACUCUUUACUUAGAUGGGUAUGAUGGCAAGAAGAAGAAGUCUCUGAAAGAUGCCAAACAUGACAGCAGUUUUAAGGGUUUUACCAGUGAUAAUUUUCUGGAGAAAAUAGCCAAAGAACUGACUGGUGAAUGGUACAAGCUUGGAAUUCACCUGGGUCUGGCGAAGAGUAUUAUUGAUAACUCUGAUGAGGUCAAGGGAGACAAGAAGUUGAAGAUGUUGAUACUGUGGCGAGAAAACUGCAGAUACAGACAAGAUAUGGGUGUCAGGAAUCUCACUAUGGCACUGAGGAAGGUUGGAAGGAAUGACAUCGAGGAGCUUGUCAUGCAAGAACUGAAAACAUGGAUGGAGAAACACAAGACGAGAGAUGAUAGUUUCUGUACCUGGCUGAGAGCAGCUUUAAACGAGGACUGGAUAAUCCCUAAAGGUGACCUGGAGCCGCUGUCUGUUGCCUUCAUGAUGAGUCUGGUCGAGCAGGUCGGCAUGGAAAAGGCCCUUGUCCAUCGUCUCGAUCUUCCUACACCGCAGAUUAACAACAUUGAAGAGGACACGCGUUUCUACCCAACACCAGAACGCAAAAUGCUUGAGAUGGUACUGCAAGCCAAGACGAGAUACCAGUCAGAUAUAGAGUUCUUCAAGGAACUAGACAAAUGCCUUGGCGAGCUUGGACUCACUGAGGUACAGGACUGGUGCAGAAAUACUACAGCCGAAUGGUGCUCUGUGCAGGACGACAAUGUAGGCUUUGCGUUUGUGGAACAGCUGAAGAGUUACCUGGACGAAGUGGGUCAUCAGUAUCCCCCUGUAGAGGAUCCAACCGUUGUGGGUGAUGAUGCUGCCCCUGGGGCUUCAUCAGCAGGUGGCAUAGUCAAGGAUGACCAUGUCACCGAAGAACUGUCGACUCCAUCUGUAUAAUGUCCAGGGGUGUUUUGUUAGCUUCAGCUGUAUUCACUGCACUGACGAUCUGGACUUUCCUCCCAUUCAAAAGCUGUUCAAUGCUGUGUUAAACCAAACAUACUCAUCCUACUCUGUCCUCGUAAGGAGCGGUGGGGUAGCCAAGUGGUUAAAGCGUUCGCUCUUUACGCCGAAGACCCGGGUUCGAUUCCUGGGUACAAUGUGUGAAGUUCAUUUUUGGUGUCCCCCGCCGUGAUAUUGCUGGAAUAUUGCUAAAAGCGGCGGAAAACCAUACUCACUCACUCACUCACUGUCCUCGUGGACCAGUAAUCUGUUAAGGGGGCACGGGUCUCCCAGUCAUAUGAGACUCUCCAAAUCACCGAUCAGAGUUGCGUCCCUUGGGCGUGCCAGAAACCUAUGAUCGUGGGUUCAAACGAAAGUGGUUAACGUCUAGGACCUACAAUACUUCUGUUAUUUCUCCCAUAUGAAGCUGAAACACCGUGAUAGAACUGGAAAACUGUUCAAGCCGCGUUCCACCAUACUCACUAUACCAUCUGAAGGAAUAUAUGACUGCAUGUAAUGUUGGACAUCUUUUGGAUACAGUGAAGCUCUAAGUGGACAUUACUUCAUAUCCAGAGUUUGUAAAUCCAUACGAUUUAGCUUAGAACGGUACCGUCCGGAUUAACGAGGUCGAGUGUAUCGGAUAUGUAUUCGUAGUACCUGAUGAGUGUUACAUAUGCCAUGUCAAAUAUUCCAAUUACAAUUCAUAAAUGUGUACAUGUUGUAUAAGUUUACUUGAUGAAGAUUUCUUGCUUUAAUAAAUAAGUCAUAUUGUCAUAAGUCA